CCCACCACGAGUUCUCUCUGCCACAGGUCUGACAGAGUCAGUUAACGAUGUUCCCGAGCUGAGCCGCAGGAUUGGGAUGGAUCAUGAUUCCAACAGGGAAGAGAAGGUUUUACCUCCAAGCAGUCUGGAAGGCCAGGCCAAGGACGCAAUGCACAAUGCCUUUUGGGAUCACCUUAAAGAGCAGCUAUCAGCUACGCCCCCAGACUUCAGCUGUGCUCUUGAACUUCUGAAAGAAAUUAAAGAGAUCUUGCUGUCGCUGCUGUUGCCACGCCAGAGCCGCCUAAGAAGUGAGGUGGAGGAAGCUCUGGCCACCGACCUGCUGCAGCGGGAAGCGGAGCACGGGGACCUGAACAUCCUCCGUCUCUCCAAGAGCAUCCUCAGCAUGAUGACCCUGCUGUGCGCGCCAGUUCGGGAUAAGGCCGUGCAGAAGCUAGACGGCAUCACAGACUCCGCUCUGCUCCUGAGGGGGAUCUUCCAGGUUCUGGGCCUGAUGAAGAUGGACAUGAGGAACUACACGCUGCAGAGCCGCCAGCCCCACCUGCGGGAGCACUCCAUCCUGCACGAGCGGGCGCAGUUCCAGGAGCGCCUCAGCCAGCAGCCGGGUGCGCGGGUGGGCGGAGCGGCCUGGGGCUGCCUAGAAGGCCAGCCAGCACUGCCUCCUUCUAGGCCAGUGAUGGCGAACCUUUUGAGCUCGGCCGGGGCUGGCCCCUCUCCAAGUGAGUCAGCCUCCAGCCCGGAGCCCCUGAGCCCCGCCGUGGUGCUGUCCCAGGCUUUCCUGAACCUCCUUCUCUGGAACCCUGAUGACGACGAAGAGUUCCCAGAGACGCUGCUGGCGGACAGGGCGCGGCUGCGGGAGCUGGAGGUGCAGCUGCGCCGCCUCACCGUCCUGGCCUCCGUCCUGCUGGUGGCCAGCAGCUCCUGUGGUGGCAGCAUCCUGUUCGGCUCCCCGCAGUUCGUGGACAAGCUGAAGCGCACCACCCAAGCCCUCACCGAGGAGUUCGAUUCCAGGCCGGAGGAGGCCAUGCUGACUGUGAGCGAGCAGGUGUCUCAGGAGAUCCACCAAAGCCUCAAGAGCAUGGGCCUCGCGCCUCUGAGCAGCGACAACAUAGCUUCUCUGAUGGGACAGCUCCAGGACAUUGCCCACGCGCAGAACUGUGUCCGCAGCGUCAUCGAUCAGCGGAUCCACCUGUUUCUCAAAUGCUGCUUGGUUCUCGGUGUGCCGCGCUCUCUGCUAGACCUCCCCGGGGGCCUCACUCUCAUUGAGGCAGAGCUGGCAGAACUGGGCCAAAGGUUUGUCAACCUAACGCACCACAAUCAGCAGGUGUUCGGCCCCUACUACACGGAGAUCCUGAAAACCCUCAUCCCCCUGGGCCAGGCCCCGCAAACAGGAGUGGAGUCCCUCUGAUGGACCAGCCCUGAGCCCUGACACCUUGAUCCAGGAGAGAAGCCCAUCGUUUUCCUGGGUGACAUCACAGAGACUAGCCCAUCAGCAGCCUCCCUCCCUCCUGCAGCCAGUACCAGCGCUGUAGUGACCACACAUGUAAACACCAGCG